UCUAACGAAUCAAUCGUUUCUGUUGCAGGACCGUCGCCAGAUUUCAGCAGGCACACGUUGGUUAGACCGCGUGUUUAUCACGGCAGGACCAGGCGGCAGAUCUCCUCGACCAAAGAGAAUGACGUCGAACACGCUGACGUACUGACAGUGGGAUUCGAGCUAGACGGCGUGAAGCGUGUCCUGGACCUGAGAUUGAACGCUGAUCUAAUUCCAGUCGGGUAUCAGCAGCGUCAUCAGCACCAAGGCACGUACAAGGUCCACACACCCGCGAAAGUCGAACUUUGCCACUAUCAGGGCAGCGUUCGCGAUGUUCCUGGAUCUUGGGUGGCGUUGUCCACGUGCAGGGGGCUACGCGGCGUCGUCUUCGACGGCGAGAACCUUCACCACAUCCACCCGGACGAAGGGCAGUCCUUGGACUCGGAGCAUUACGUCUACAAGCACAGUGAUCUUGUUGCCAAUCACACUUGCGGUUACGAUGGAACGCCGCACCAUGUUCUCGGCCACGAACACCGCGGCAUCGUCAACAGAGCCACGAGGCACAAAAGAGCGGCUGAAGCGAUUCGAGGGCCCUACAACGCGAACAGGCAUUCCCGAUACGUGGAGUUGGUCCUCGUGAUCGAUAAGAACGAAUACAUCGCUCUCGACGAGAACAUGGACAAGGUGUAUCAACACUGCAAGGAUAUCGCUAACAUUAUUAAUGCAUUGUACAUGCCACUGAACAUAUUCAUCGCGUUAGUCGGGGUGCAAGUUUGGUCUGACGUGGAUGAAAUAACGCUGUCUUCAAAUGGGGACACCACCCUCUCGAAUUUCCUUCGGUACAGGAGGGAGAAGCUAGUCCAGGACAUGCCGAACGAUAACGCCCAGCUGUUGACCCGAAUCACAUUCGAGGGAGGCGUGGUUGGUAAAGCACUUAAGGGACCAAUAUGUACGUAUGAAUUCUCCGGUGGUGUCUCAAUGGAUCACUCGAAUGUCGUAGGAUUAGUAGCAGCCACUGUGGCUCAUGAAAUGGGUCACAAUUUCGGCAUGGAGCACGACUCGGCUGAUUGCGAGUGCCCGGAGGAAAAAUGUAUCAUGGCAUCGUCGAGCGGUUCGCUGGGACCGACUCACUGGUCCACUUGCUCCCUGGAGCAUCUGGCACUGGCGUUCGAGCACGGCAUGGAUUACUGUUUGAGAAACAAACCGCAGAAGCUGUUCGACAGCCCGAUCUGCGGUAACGGGUUCGUGGAACCCGGCGAGCAGUGCGACUGCGGCCUGAAGGAGAACUGCGACAAUCCCUGCUGCAACGUGACCACCUGCAUGCUGCAUAGCAACGCGAGCUGCGCCACCGGCGAGUGUUGCGAUCUGAAAACCUGCCGGCCGAAAACAGCGGGCACCGAGUGCAGAUCCGCCGAGCACGAGUGCGACCUGCCGGAGUACUGCACCGGCCAGAGCGAGUAUUGCCCGGUCGACGUGUUCAAGAUGGACGGUGAAUCGUGCAGCAUGGGGAAAGCGUUUUGCUACCAGGGCUCGUGCAGGACACACAACGACCAAUGCAAACUGUUGUGGGGUCCCACCGGCAUCUCCUCCGACGCCCAAUGCUACGAGAUGAACAACAAAGGCUCGAAGCACGGCAAUUGCGGUUACAAUCGAGUCGAGUCCAGCUACGUCAAGUGUACCGACGAAAAUCUUUUGUGCGGAAUGCUUCACUGCAAGCACCUGAACGAAAGACUCGAAUUCGGUAUGGAGUCCGUGGCGAUUCUCAGUCAUUCGUUUAUCAACAACGGAGGCAAGAUCAUAGCCUGUCGCUCGGCUAUCGUGGACCUCGGAUUGAACCAGGUAGAUCCUGGUCUCGCGCCGGACGGUGCCAAGUGCGCACCUGGAAAGAUGUGCGUGAAUCAAAAGUGUAUGCCGGUGGCCGAUUUGCGUGCUUCCGUAUCCGGAGGGAAAGCGUGUCCCAAUAAUUGCGGAGGCAACGGAGUGUGCAACAGUCUCGGCCAUUGUCAUUGCAAUCGCGGCUUCCGGCCACCUGAUUGCACCCAACCUGGCGUGGGUGGCUCCGAGGACAGCGGGCCCGCGGAGGAUCCAAACGCGAGAAACGACUUCAUAAUGGCCCUGUACAUUAUCUUUUUGGGGAUCGUGCCGAUGAUCGCGCUGUCCUCGUUCGGCGUCUGGUACUUGAGAAAUCCUGGCCAACACUGGAAGAAGAACAUGAUGUCAACGACCGAUUGCGGCCACAACGGACUGUCCAUCAAAACGAUCGAUCGUUCCAGUCCCUUGCCUCGUAACAUCGAAACGAUCGAUUCUAGUCUGAGUCAGGAUCCAGCGUGCGCGAGUCUGUUGCCGAAAGCGGACACCGACGAGCGUUACAACAAUAAUUUGUUCGGCCACUUCAAAGGUUUCACGAUAACACCGAUCAAAAGCCGGCCGAAGAGCCCCGAGCCGAGCAAGCCGGCGCCUCCUCCGCCCACCAUCCCGACAGUAGCUAUUAAGACUAACAUCAAGACGCUACCGAAGAGUAAUCCAGCGCGUAGCUCGUUGCUCAACUCCACGACCAGUUUCAACGAGGUGUCGUCGUCGAUUGCGCCGACUCUGCCUCCGUUGAACCCAGGGUGUACAGCUCGUCCUCUGAUCAGCAGCCCGGUACUGGCUGCGACCACGUGCACCUCCGUGGAACUGGUGGCUCCAAAAAUCGUUGGCAAGCCUGUCGUAGACGGUCCAACGAGACCAGCACCGGCACCGCCCGUCUCUGUCGACCAUCAGAAGCCUCAGAGACCAAGCAGCACGCCUCUGGCCAAUCUGCUGAUACCGGAGACCGAAAAGAAGCCGGAGAAGGGCAGCACUUUGAACAGAAUCGCCUCGAUGCUCCGGCCGAAUUCCGGGAUCUUGAAGGCGAGCGUGCAAAUAUCUCAGAGGGAACACGAGAAGAACACGAACUCGCUGCCCAGGGUCCACCAUCACAAGGCGAACAAAGUGAUUGACAAGGAGAUCUUGAGGAACCUGGAAAUUUCGAAUCCCAUUCCUCAGAAGGAGAUUGAAAUCCUCACGCCGGUUAUCCCGGUGAUGCCGGUGGCGGAGGCAGAGAGGAGGAACGUGGUGCUGCGAGCACAGUCCAUGAGGGACAGCAAGAUCACACCGAGGCCGGCGAUUCAGACGUUCGGUUCGAUGCGGCAGACAACACCGGUCAAGAGACCCACCAGCAUUCCCGCGAGCACAAGGCCCACGGCUCCACCACCGGGACCACCAGUCCCAGCAACCACCGACAAGAUCAACGAAAGCGGAAAGAUCCCUGGACUACCUGGAUAUCAGACACCGCAGAUAAAGAACCCGCAGAAGGUCGUGGAGAACGCGUACGACGACUGCAUGAACCUGAUCUCGGACUCGUCGUCGUUGGCAAAGAUAACCGAGGAGUCACCGACCAACGACAAUAUAUACGCGGUCAUCGAGGAGACUCUUCCCGAGAAGAGCAGGAAGAACACGGAACUGGAGAAGCAGCAGACGGAGAACGAGUACAAAUUACCGAAACGCGUCGAUUCCACGGCCGUCAAUUCCGGCGGAUUGGAGUCGAUGGGCCUGCUGUCGGAGAUCGUGUCCGAGAUAUCGAACCGAAACUUCGACUCGAUAUACUCGACGGCCACGUUGUCGAGGAAGGCGCAGGGAAACGAGACCGCGUCGAAGAACACCGCCGAGGAUCCCGGUUACAACGGUUCCCUCGGCACUUACAUGAACUCGAGCCACUACAAGUCGCCAGGUGGUAGCAUUUACUCCAACUCCGCGUCCGGCAAGUUCAACUCGUCGAGUUCGACGACCAGCUCCGGUUACCUGAAUCCAUCCGCGUUGAACGUGCCGCGACAAGAGCCUGAGAAAGUCGCCGACGCGGGCAAGCCUACUAACGACAAGUCGCUGUCUAUUUCCGGUGCAACGAACGCGAAUUUGAACGACGAGAUAUCGAAGGAACUUGGCAUGAAAACCACGACGACGGAGGACGUUGGGCCUCGUAAACCGGUUCUGUCGGUGAAAGUUCGGCCGACUCAGCGGGCCGAAGGGGCGAACGAAGGGAAGGAGCCAGCGAAACCGCCCCUCGGAAGGACGAAGACGCCGCCGAACAUCGCGAGCAAAGCGAAAGACGCGAAUGCCACCAGGCAAGGUUCAGAGUCGACCGCGUCGAGGUCGAAACAGUAUUCUGACAGUAGUUUAAAGAAGCAGGGAUCGAACGCGAGCGUGGAGAACGUGGCCGGGCAGAAUUCGGACGCGAGUAGUGGCAACGACAACCCAGAGAAUCAGAACUCUCACGCGAACGUAAAUAGAUUAUCUCUGAAAACUGUGCCUUGUAGUCCUAAGGAUAACGGGGGGAAGUUCAACAGUCCGGACUUAGUGUCGAGCUGUUCGAAUUCCAAUCAAAUCAGUACAAAGUCGCCGGACGUCGUAGGAAACAACGCGAAGCUGAACCACCAGCCGAGGAACGUUCAAAAGACGCCGACGUUGUCGCGAGGCAGCGCCGCCGCCAAGGCGCCCGCCACCCCGAUAAAACCAACGAGCAUUGCGUCCAAAGGUACUAGUCUCGCGGAGAAGAAGAAGUCACCGACUGGCAACGCGAGCCUGAGCAAGUCGUUGGCCGCGAAGGAGCCCGCUACGAAGCCCUCGCAACCGAAACCAAGCCCCAAGACGGAGACGAAGGAUCCGGGGGCGAAAACGAACACGGUGCAGAGAGCGGCGAGCAGUAAAUCCAACGUGGCCUCCCUUCAACAGAAGUUCGAGGCGAACAAGAACGUCAACGCGCCGAGGACGAUUGCCAGCGUGCAUAAAACGCAGCGUGCAGCCGGCAAAACUGAAACGUCGGCUGUUAAAAAAUAGACGAUCGGGACACUAUUGCGCGACGAUACGUUACCGAGUAAUGAUACUAGCGAAUUGACAAGUCACGCGUGAUAGAUUGGUGUGAGGAUUUUUAACCGCUAACUGAUGAUAAGUAGAUGCAUCACUUCCUUUUUAACCGUGAUUUUUUAUGUAAGUCGAUUUAAAUUUAGAAGAUUCGUUUGGAAAGUUUCAUUCGUUUUUAUUAUCGUUACCAAUUUGUUGUUGAUGCUGUGCAAAGAUAUUUGUUGUUCAGUGUUCAACUGCCCGUGACUUGUGAAAUUUCGCUAAUAGUGUUACCUCGAUUGGGCAAGUAGGUAAAGCCAGCCAGGUGGAAAGAAGUUCAUAGGGUUCUAUUUCAAAUAUUCUAGUCUAUCGAUCAUCCGGAUGGAAACGCGCGAAUCUGCGAGGAAUGCACGAAAUAAUUCUGUUCAAAUAUUUCUACGAUACUGUUUUGUUUAAAAGACCGAAAAUGAGAAGGCGCGAGAUGGAAUUGUAAUAGUACAAUGAUCAACCGUUCGCUCGGGACCGAACGACAGGAGCUGGUUGAUCGAAAGCCACGCAAACUUGUAUUGUACUGUCAGAAUACUGAAAUUAGGUUGUACCGAUUGCGUGCGAGUUACGCGACACAUGAUAUAUAUUAUCGCUGUAAAUAGUAGUUACUUAAAAAUUCUAAUAUUUUUUGUAGAGAUUAUCCAUUAUAUCGUAACGUUCGGAUGUAACGUGAAAACCGAUUAAUCGUCGGGAAUACUUAUCUUAAGAACAUUUUGUAAACGAGAGAGAGAGAGAAAGAAAGAGAGAAAGAGAGAGUAAGCAACAGAAUAAGCAACAAUUAUUUUCAAAAGUUUCGCCCGAUGCCGCAAAAGGAACGCGUAAGAAAUUAUAUAUUGAACUCUGUGAUAUACAAUGUAACGAGAGGUAAUAACAGAAACAUCGUACCGUACACAUUUAUUAUAAGUAGCAGAUUAUAGAUGCGACCAAAUCUAUCAUUUUAUAACAUCGUAUCACGUGAAAAAGAAAAACGAAAAAAAAAAAAAAAAGAGAAACGAAAAACACAUUGUGAAACUUCGAGAGUAUAACAAGUUUUCAAAGAGAGCAAAAAUUAGUUUCGAAAAGGAAAAUCAUAUCGAAGAGAGAUAAAAAAAAAAAGAAAAAAAAAGAGAAAAAAAAAAAGAAAAAGAAAACUCUAUGGAACGGUAGUCCUUUCCAAUGACUAACUAAGCAUAGUCGGUUAAAAAAAGUCCAUUUUUCGUGAAUGCGAUCGUACCUUUGUGAUUCCUCGGCGAAUCAAAAUUUAGACGCGAUUCUAGCUACGCGAGAGCUUAAACGGUAGUGUCUGCUAAGAGUUUUGACGCUAUGUUCGAAAUCGAGGCAGAAUACGAUAAGAAUUAAAAAAAAAAAAAAAAGGAAAAAAAAAAUGGUACGCUAGAGUACAACGGUAGAGAUAUUUUGUUCAACAACAACAACAAUACCACCACCACCGCCGCCACCAUGAUUGUUCUUUUACUUUCGCGCGAAUUCUUUGCAUACGCAGUGAGAUACGAAUAUCGAACAGUUGGGGUUCGAUCGGCUAAUUAUUUAGCAUCGUUAGACACGCAAAGACUAAAAGGAAUAUUUAUUUGACUGAUCGAUGUAAAUAUGUUUAUAAUAUAAUAGAUGUAAGUAACAUUUUGUACAAUGUACCUUCGUGCUCGCUAAGUUGUAAUUCGCGGACUACCUUUAAACGCAUACAUGCGACUUCAGCAUUUAGCUUCUUCACGGUGUCUCGUUCAAUAUGUUGUAAAGCGCAAAAAAAAAAAAAGAAAAAAAAAUACAUUAAAAGGAACAA